UUAACUAGUUGUCGGCCCCUUCUGACAUACCUGAGAGCAUACUUCUUGUCCUUGUCCGAAGUCGCAGGUGUUACACCACUGCCCAACCGUGCUCUGUUGCUGUUGAGAACUGGAUUACCGCUGAUAACGGCAUGGUCGAUACAGCCUUUCAUUGUACAAGAGGGGAAGCCAAGGUGGGUCAGUCGUACGUUGUUCUUCACACUUAGAGCCGGUUGA